AUGAAUAGCUUCCGGAGCCUCUCCUGGCGCCUGCAGCAGUCGCAGCGGGCCCUCGCCUGCUUCGCUCGCCAGAAUGCCCGCCAACAAUCCCGACAAUGGGCCCAGUCCGGCUUCCGUCGCCAUGCCUCGAGCACUACACCACCGCCCAAGACGACACCCCAUAGGCCCACGGCCGAGGAGACAAUAGCACAAGUGCGCGAACAUUAUAAGCAGAAGAACCGAACGACUAGUUAUUAUACGCUUAGUGUCAUCCUGGCGACGGUCGCGCUCUCCUACGGCUCGGUGCCUUUGUAUAAGAUGAUAUGCCAAACGACCGGAUGGGGUGGCCAACCCGUCCGCGCCCACUCCGGCCCGGAAGACGCCGAAGAGCUCGCCAGCCGCCUCAAGCCCGUCACUGACGCCCCCCGAAUACGCGUAACCUUCGCCUCCUCCGUCUCCGACGUCCUACCGUGGAAGUUCACCCCGCAGCAGAAGGAGGUGCGCGUGCUCCCCGGCGAGACCGCGCUGGCCUUUUACACGGCGACGAACACGAGCGACCAGGACAUCAUCGGCGUCGCGACGUACAGCGUCACCCCCGCGCAGGUGGCGCCGUACUUUAGCAAGAUUCAGUGCUUCUGCUUCGAGGAGCAGAGGCUGAAUGCGGGCGAGACGGUGGAUAUGCCUGUGUUUUUCUAUCUCGAUCCGGAUUUGUUGAAUGAUUUCAACAUGAGGAAUGUUAAGACUGUUACCUUGAACUAUACUUUCUUCAAGGCGCGAUAUGACAACAAUGGCAAGUUUGUGGCGCCACCAAGUCCGGAGUAA